CUCAAUUUUGACUCUAACGCAACACAGACUUCUGUUUCUCAAGUGUUUCAAUCUAGAUUGUUUUAAAUAUCAAUCAAAAUGACAGAUUUAAUUUCAAAUAUAAUCAAAUUUAAUGCUCAAACUAAUGGAAGAGACAAAGUUUGCAGAUUGGUCCAGUACAGUUGCCGACUGGCAUGGGGGCGUAUACAGGACACAGACAAGAAAGACCUCCUGCAGACAUUGAAAACUGUGGAGGGGAUGCUGAGUAUGACCAGAAAAUUGCUUAGAUUUGGUAAAAGCUUGGACUUUAUACAAGGAGCAUUGAAAAGUAUACAUCUGAAGGAUAGUGUUUUACGAUUAAGCAUCACGCUAUCGAAGAUAAACCAGGCAUUCUAUCUCCUGUUUGAUCACUUCCUAUGGUUCCACAAUGUGGGGGCAGUGAAGCUUGACAAGCAGUACUGGUCGGAAGUGUCGUCUCGCUUCUACCUGGCCACCCUGCUCCUCAAUCUUGUUCGAGAUGUGUACGGCAUCUACUGCGUCAUUAUGGAGGAAAUCAACUCUGCGAAAGAGCGAACCAGUUCCAGCACUUACAGAAAUGGUGAAAGCAACCAUAAAACAGUAACAAGGCGACAGAUAAGUGCUCUUGAGAUCCUUAGGAUGAAUAUUCCACUGAUGUUGGACACUGUAAAGAAUGUGUUUGACCUUGCUAUUCCCAUGAGUGCCCUACAGAUGGUCAAGUUGUCCCCGCAGAAGCAAGGCAUGUUUGGGAUAGUUUCUUCCUUGAUAGCUGUGGUUACAGUCUGGAACCCAAACCUCAAAGUUGUUCCAUCUUGAGUGACAGUUUAUUCUUUAAAUAGGCAAAAAAUGUGAUACAGUUAUUGCUCAUACUACUGAGGAAAUUAUUUAUUCACAGGACCUGCAAUUUUGUUUAUGACAUGAAAGCAGUGAGAAAAGAAUUGUUCUAAUACUUGUAAACUGUACAGAUUUUAAUUUGACAAGAAAUCGUGAAUAUAAACAGAAUGAACAAUUAUUUAUUUUUAGAUAAAAUGUAAAAUAUUUUUUACCGUGAUUUGUAAUGCUUUUAGUCUGAUUGUCUACUCAGCAUGGCAAAAAUUAUCACGAUCGUAGGAGGAGAACACAGGCUGAUGUAGCUAAUGUUGUUUAUUCAUUUUAAUUAUGUACAUGUAAUUUAUAUGCUAUACGCUAUAAAUCUGAUUUUAUUCAUUUUAAUUGAGCAUCCAUUCUGCAGCAUGAUUAAAGUUUUUAUGUAAUCAUAUUUUUAUGUUAAAUGUCUGUUCAAGCAUAAUAUGUUAUCUGAUAAGAUCAUCCUACUGAUGUCAUUUCAUUAUCUUCUACAUUUUAACACAUACAGCAAACAUUUAAUACUAUGAUGUGUGAAACUUGUGAUCUUCUACGAUUUUCCUGACUGCAUAUUCGAUAUCAAACCUUAAUUGUUAUACUUUAGAUUUAAAUGUACAGUAGCUUACAUGUAUAUUAAAAUUAAUAAAAUACCUAUUAUAUUAUUAA